UUCAAAAUGGCCGCCCCUCAAACAACUACCCAGAAAUUUCACGAUCUUUACGAGCUAAAAGAGGAAUUAGGAAAGGGAGCAUUCUCUAUUGUGAAGAGAUGUAUCAAAAUCGCAAAUGGACAGGAGUAUGCCGCCAAAAUAAUUAACACAAGAAAACUCUCUGCGAGAGAUCACCAGAAAUUGGAGCGAGAAGCCAGAAUAUGUUGGCUGUUGAAGCAUCCAAAUAUCGUGAGACUGCACGAUAGUAUACAAGAUGAAGGGUAUCACUACUUAGUCUUUGAUCUGGUGACAGGGGGAGAGUUAUUUGAAGAUAUCGUAGCGAGAGAAUUCUACAGUGAAGCAGAUGCCAGUCACUGCAUGCAGCAAAUAUUAGAAAGCGUAAACUAUUGUCAUCAGCACCAUGUAGUUCAUAGGGACUUAAAGCCUGAAAAUUUGCUACUAGCCAGUAAGUCCAAGGGAGCUGCGGUUAAACUAGCAGACUUUGGUCUCGCUAUUGAAGUGACUGGAGAGCAGCAGGCUUGGUUUGGGUUCGCUGGUACACCGGGUUACUUAUCACCAGAAGUACUUAAGAAAGAUCCUUAUGGAAAACCUGUAGAUAUAUGGGCAUGUGGCGUAAUCCUAUAUAUAUUGUUAGUUGGUUAUCCACCAUUUUGGGAUGAAGACCAGCAUAGGCUUUAUGCACAAAUUAAACAAGGUGCAUAUGAGUAUCCAUCUCCAGAAUGGGACACUGUCACGUCAGAAGCUAAAAAUCUUAUCAAUAGUAUGCUUACAACUCAUCCAGCUAAGAGAAUCACAGCAGCAGAUGCUCUAAAACACCCUUGGAUCUGCCAACGUGAGCGUGUUGCCUCAGUGGUUCAUAGACAAGAAACAGUGGACUGUUUGAAGAAAUUCAAUGCCCGUAGAAAGCUCAAGGGGGCCAUUCUCACGACAAUGUUGGCCACUCGCAACUUUUCAAUAAGCAAAGGUGAUAAAAAGUCCAGCAGGUCGAACUCAGCCCAAAAGCAGGGUAGUGAUGAGGUUAAGUAUCCUGUAACGAAAAACUCUGGCACCAGAGAUCCCCCAUGGCCGAAAGCUUUGCCAGAGAUCUUGGAGAGUACCGAACUGCGCAUCUACACUCCAAACCACAGUUCACAAGGCCGUAGCUUGGUAACCAAGAAAAAUGAUGGCAUCAAGGAAUCGACAGAUAGCAGCACCACUUUGGAGGAUGACGACACCAAAGAAAGGAAAUGCCAUGCUCAGGACACCGUGAAAGCAGCUGACCCGACUCCAAGUGAAAUGUGUCGCUCAGCCGGAGGGGGACCUGCUGCCAUGUCAGGUUUUAGUUCAUUAUUAUCACAGGUUGCCAAAAGUGAUAAACAAAAAGACACAGAGAAAGCCGGAGGGGGACCUGCUGCCAUGUCAGGUUUUAGUUCAUUAUUAUCACAGGUUGCCAAAAGUGAUAAACAAAAAGACACAGAGAAAGGAAAAACAGACCCAAACAUUGAGACUCGUAAACAAGAAAUCAUCAAAUUGACAGAACAAUUGAUAGCAUGUGUAACUAGUGGUGACUUUGAUGGUUACACGAAAUUUGUUGAUCCCCAGCUGACCAGCUUUGAACCAGAAUCCUUUGGUAACCUCAUGGAAGGAAUGGAUUUCCACAAGUUUUACUUCGAUAAUGUGUUAUCCAAGAACAACAAGGCCAUCAAUACCAGUAUUUUGAAUCCUACAGUGCAUCUCCUAGGUGAUGAUUCUGCCUGCAUAGCCUAUGUCAAGCUGACUCAGUACAUAGAUAGAAGUGGCGUACCCCACACUAAACAAGCGGAGGAGACACGAGUAUGGCACAGGAAGGACAGCAAAUGGCAGAAUGUUCACCUUCAUCGUUCAGGCCUGUUGACGGGAACACCCGCUUUCAAGUAGUCAGAAAUACUAGGAGACUUUCUUAACACUUUCAGGCCUUUCUUGUGACAAGCCUUGGAUCACCUGGGUUACAAUUCGGCCUCGUUUUCGUUCCUCUGUGAAUUUUCAUUUGAAAUUGAAUCCAGUGACGUGUGCAAUGUUCGACGCGGGUUUCUGGGUGAGCGUGGUAUGGCAUUGAUGUAGAUGCUGGCAGAGGGAUGUGAAGUAUGGACAGGUGUGAAACCUCAGGUGUGAGGCUCUGGCAAAAGGCUUUAUAAGGGGGCGGGUAUAAGACAAAUAAGCAAGGAGAGAUGUAUAGAAAACAAAUCUCCAGGGUGAUGGCAGAAUGACUACUCUGACCAUGAUUAAUCAAGAUAUAGAGCUAAUAUAUAAUAAUUCAAGUCAUGUGGUGUCUUCGCAUGUCACCGCAGAGAUACCUGGUAGAGGGGCCUAUUGAUAUGUUUUGAACAUGAAGUAUCUGAGAAUGUAUUUUUCCACUUUGAUGUAUAGAUCAGGUUGAGCUGGCCACAGCAAUUUUUAUGAUUGGUUGAACGCUGUUGCUGUUCAUAGUAUUUCAUCAACCCAACAAGCCAGGCCUCUGGUUCUUGUCCAAGAUUUCGGUUCGUAGAUGUUUAUUCUUGUCAGAAAUUAUUAAAAGGUGUUACAGGUGAUGAAAUAUGAGAUGGUAGUGAAAUGGAUUUGAGAAUUGGCGGUGGAUCCAAAUAGAGUGGCCGGUCAUUGUCUAACAAAAAGAGUUCAGAUUGAAAACAUUGCAGUGAAGGGCUGAGACAGCAGUUCUUGGCACUGCCGGGCAGAACCUAUGAAUUCUACAGGCUGGACUGCAUGUUGAUGAGAUUCUGUUGUAACACAUGAGUAGCCGUCACGCGGCUUGCAGCUGGUAUUUGGGUGUGUUGGGUCUGUUGCUACAUGACCAUGUAUGAAUAAGUCAGUCAGGGCUGGCUGGUUCACAACGUGAAUUCUGUUGGUGUACCGGAGACUUGUGGCGGGCACAUACUCUGGUAGAUCAUUUCCAUCAAGGCUGGCUGCGCUGGUUCAGACUCUCCUGCAUCAAUUACAUCUGUUCUCCCAAGAGGGCUUCCUGCACCAAUUCAGACCAAAUACACUAGUGCAUGGUGCAUGACUGCAUCAGAGCUAGCUGCAUUGGUACAUGAGUUCUAUGUGUACUUGCUGCACCAGUGAACCAGUCAGAAAGGAAAGGAAAGUUGAGGUGACUGUUUGCUUGAACAGAACUUGAUAACCCCCACCAGGAUGCAUCCAAAAGGCUGCAUGAUUAUGCCCACAAUCCAUACCUAUUUUCUUUCCUGGCAAUCAUGUCAGCACCUCAUUCUGUUCAUUCAAGAUAAAUGGCCCAGGUUAUUGGAGCCUUUUGAUUCUAAGAAGUUAAACGUGCCUGUGUUGCUGUACAUAUGAAUACUGUAGCGCUGGAGAUUACACAGGUUUGACCUGUCACCAUACACAUGAUGUCAUGUGUAUGUACAUAAUAGAUUGGAUGGAGUGAGUGGUCUUGUGCACUUUUUCUCAGGACUUCAGAUGACCAGGAAUUCUAUUCUUGACUUUCAUCUCUUACAUGAAGGCCUACUACUUAUUCCCCCGAACCAAACUUGAUCUGACGACUAUCAUCCAUGUCUGAUACGAUCGUUAAACACUCAUACUUUCUUGCCUUACUCUUCGUAAUAGGAAUCUUAAGAUUUUGAACGUCCUGAUAAGUGAUCAGAUUGGUUUUGUAAGUUAUCAAAAUUAUGUAUGAAUGAGAACAGGCCUCAUGAGGAACUUACUGCCAUGCCUAUUUACUGAUGCCGUAUUCCUGUUGUCUUGUUGAAAAAGUGCAUAAUUACCAAUGUGAGCAGUUUGGCUCUUUUUCUUGUAUUCUAAAUAUCUGUGGUGUUUGAACAUGAUUGAUUGAUUGUGCAAUAUUUUAUCAAUUAAUGUAUAGAUAUUUUAAUAAAGAUACCGUAUUUAAACCUUUCAGCACGGGUGGCUUUGAUAAUAUCUUAUGUGGAUGUGAUCUAAAAUCUCUGUAUUUCUUUUACCAUUGGGUCCGGUUCAGAGAUUGGUGUGUACUUUUCAAGACUACUAGAUAGUGCUCCAUGCUGAAAGGGUUAAUCCAUCAUGCUUUGGGUCUUUAAGUAUGAGAUGAUGUACCAUAGUUUGAGUUAUCCAAUUAGCCAGGUCGGCAGAUUUCAAAAAAUCUGAUGAAUUUGGUGAUAACAGUUCCAGGGGAGAAUCAUGGCCCAAGAGGUUUAUUGUUGAAAUACCAACUGGUAUGGUCUGAGUUGGAUAAACUCUCUUAGAUCACGAAACACCUUUGCCAUGCAUCUAUUUGGAUAACACCUUCUACUGGUCUUUUCUUCUUGUAUCUCAUGAAUGAUUAAGCACGAUAUUUAUACAUAUAUGACUGUACAUGUACAUAUAUAUGUAUAUAUAUUUGUCAUGUUUGUCAAAUUGUACAAUCUUGUACAAAGUGGUUCUGUUGAUAAAUAAUUAUUAUCUUAUUUAGAAUUCAAGUUGAUCAUAGUUGUAAACUUUUCAGCCGUUUGUCCAAGCGGUGAUCUUGUGGUUCACUCUGUGUAUAUUCAAUGCUAAAUCAAGUUGCACAUGUAUUCGUCACAAAUGUAGGUUAAGAUUAUUUUUGUCGACAUUGCUUGAGGUUCCUUUUGUAUAUUUUCUAUUUUCAAUUUUUCUAACUGGUAUGACGAUCUGAAUAUAUUUGUGCCACUAAUUGGUGAUUUCUGUGUGACAUACAUAUUAUGGCACUCAAUAACCAGUGUCCCUAAGACCUGAAAGUGAGAUGACCACAAUGUAAUCUUUCUCUGUUUCUCAUAGAGCUAGUUUAGAGCAUCGUUUCUAAGAAAUACUGCAGAUCUUACCCAAUAGGCCCCGGUGUGAACAUAACAUAUAUAAAUUGGAUUAUAACGCUUACAGGUUAGCUAAUAAGGCAGAUUUGCACUGAGGAUGAUUUAGACUAUAACUGAUUCCUGUGGGGCUCAAUUGGGACUUAAAGGUGGAUUCCAUCCCGAGAUCUUCCGGUUGAGGUUUAUUAUUAGAUGACAUCAGUUGCCUUCAGGUGUCGCUGCAUUCGUGGUGUUCUGGAUAUUUCAACUAAUUCUCUGUCUUCUCCGUGCAGACCAUCGCAAGUGAUCUGUCUUUUUGGUUGAAUUUUAGCCAUCUUCGUACUUAGAUGUAGUGCUUGGUCGAUUUAUAAGGCGUAGAGCUGGAUGCGAACAUAUUGGAGCUCUUUGAGUUACAUUCGUUAACAGAGCUGGCUACGAAUGCCUUGUGGAUAUUACAUUCAUUUGGAUCACAUCAGAAACUAUUAUUACAAAUGCAAAUAAACUAAUUAGAAUAUCUGCCCCUAUUUACCAGUUGGUGGUGACAAAGGCCAACUAUGAAUGGCAAACAAACAUCUUUAUAAAUGUCAAAUAAGCUCAUUUAUCAAGUGAAUGAAAAGUUUCACGGUUUUUGCAUAUUUCUCUUAAAUGCUUCAAGAGGUUGCCCAUAGGUUUAGGCAUAGAUUUAUUUAUUGUUGAUUUGAUUUUUUGUGUCACAUUGUGCCUCUAUGAUUAAUAUAUAAAGUUUAAAAGGCUGAAUGUGACCAAAGAGAUACUUUAAUUUUGAUUUAUUUAGAUGGUGGUUUAUCCACUUUGACUUUGAUUCAAAUUGUUUAUUUUUAUUACUGCAGUCUGUUGCUUGCAUGUUGAUUUAUUCUAGUUAUAACUCUUGCUUUGUUAGGCCUGCAGUGGCGACUUCUUUUGAUGUUAACCUCAGUAUGUCUCCCCUUGUCAUGAGGGAAAAGGCACCUAAACACUUUGAACCUAGAUUGAGUUAAAGGUCAUUUGAUGAGAUAUAAAAACAUGAGAAUUUUCAUUUCCAUUCUUUCACUAUAAAUACUCCGUACCAAUGCAGUUUGCCGAGUUGUUUCAAAAGGAACAAUGAAGUGAUAUGUGGUCCUCCCCUACCUUGCUCAUACCACAAAACACCUCACUUUAUUGUGGAAGUUCUCAUGCGUCUCGCAAGCCGCCAUCAUUGAAUGCAACUUCUGGUUGUGAUUGGAGGACUUGUCGACCAAUGCCAUCGUAUCUCGCAUCACUCACGGUGGUGAAUAAGUAUUGUCUGGUGUGUGUCAACAGUGUAGGUCGAGUGUAAACAUAGUGUAUAAUAUCUUCAAUUUGUUCAAACGCCUGUGGUCCUUUCUUUUUCCGUGGUACACAACUUCUCAUUUUGUGAGUAUUGAAUGUUUUCCCCGGAGUCCUGGUCAUAGUGGCGUGAGUCAGUUUCAAAACGAUACCUGUAAACCCUGUCAACUGAUUAGGAAAUGUUGCACAAACUCGACCUUUUGAGAAGUUGCUGGUUCCUCCAUGCAGACGUAGAAGGCCUACCCUUCUGCUGGUUCUCUUUGAAGCCAGACUUGACCAGUUAUGACCAGCACCCUGGUGUUACAUGGCAUUAGGACAGUGGCACCCUCCCCUCCUUUCCUGAACUUUGAUGCAGUGCAAUCAUCUGUAGUUUCACUAUAAGCUCAGGCUGCAGUGACUGGAGGACAUGUCAUUGAUUGAUGUACUUAAAGCUCAACCAUUGGGACUAGUAGCCCUCGUUAAGGUUCAGGAUAUUGAACAACCAGGUCUGAUAAACCAGUGCCAAUACUAUAUAUUCAUUGCUCUGGUGUUUCAGUCCUGGCUCAGAAGUGUAGUAUGCAUUGAGACCUUGUAAUUUUUUGUACCAUAUAUGACCUUGUGUGGACAGCACAAUCUGCACAAGUUGUUUUUCUAACCUUCUAGGUAUAUUUUGUGUCUGUAUAGAGGCUGGUUGUGCUGCUCACACUGGGGAAGGACUUUCCUAAAGAUCACAGAAAUCACAUGGAUUAUUCUUGGUGCCAUGGCUCACCCCUGCACAAUCAAAUGAGACCAUCCAUUAGAAUAUACAUGUAUUACUGUAAUGGAUUCUGCCAUUUGGCUGAAGGGGGGAAGCAGCCGGGGUGUGCACUGACCUUUAGUUUCAGGUUAACUGUUUUGGCUGGAAGACCUUAGGGAUUUAUAAACAUUGGUAAACAUCGCAGUUCCUCUUAGAAUCCUGGACUGGCUUCUCUGUAAUUGACUAAGAAGUCCUCCUCAGAAGACAGGCACCAAAACACGUUUACCGCUGUAGUUAUCUAUUCUGGGUCACCUUUAUACUCUGUGGAACAUGAGGUUUCUGUGAACUUUUUUCUCUUUAUAGCACCCCUAGUUUAGAGCAGACUUCAUCACACAUGCAUUCAAAGUUGCAUAAUUUGCUAGAUGUCAUUGAAAUUUUAUCUCCAAUUUAGCAGUUUUAUUUCCUUAAUGAGAUGUACUAUAUAAGUGUAAGAUGUAGUCAGGUGUUUAGAGUAUCCGUCGAUAUUGGACACAUUUGGUGGUAGCAUACUCAACUAGAAACUCUGUCAUGCUUUCAUUCUGACAACCAGAGGAUGCCAAUAACACAAUAAAGCAUGACCAUGCUAAAAA